GACACUGAGUCUGCCAUGCUGUGCUGUCUACCCUGCAGGCUGCCAGCCAGGAUGUGGGCCAAGACUUUGGAGAAGCAGUCAUGGAGGAACAGCAGGCAGACUCCUUCCCCGUGUCCCAUCCAUAGACUCGACCACAUUGUGAUGACAGUAAAGAGUAUCGAAGACACCACUGUGUUUUAUUCCAAGAUCCUGGGCAUGGAAGUCACAACAUUCAAGGGUAACCGGAAAGCACUGUGUUUUGGAGACCAGAAAUUUAACCUCCAUGAGGUGGGAAAGGAAUUUGAACCCAAAGCUGCUCACCCAGUUCCCGGCUCCCUGGACAUAUGUCUGAUCACAGAUGUUCCUUUGGAGCAAAUGGUCCAGCACCUCACGGCUUGUGAUGUCCCCAUUGAGGAGGGUCCAGUUCCCAGAACAGGGGCAAAAGGAUCCAUUAUGUCCAUCUACUUCCGCGACCCUGACAGAAACCUGAUUGAGGUGUCCAACUAUAUCUCCUCAUGAUUGAGACUGGUGCUCCACCAUCGUCCCCUGUGUUGUCUCCCUCUCCCUUCCUUCCUGCAAACUCUCACCCAAGCCCAGAGAUCUCCAAGGAAUGAGGACUUCGGCACUGCACUCUUCCUACGGCGGGGAAGGGGGACCUGAGUUGCGUUUGGGACCAAAACUACAUGCCUGAAUGUCCUCCAUCCAAGA